AUGGCGUUUCUGAAACCCCUUCAUAGCUCUUUCGUUUCUCCGCGCUUCCUCCGCCGCUUCUGUUCAGCUUCACCGCCACCAAGUGCUUCAAACGACGCCGAAUUGGUGUCGAAUCUCCUCCUGCAGCACCACAAUCCCUUCCACGCCACCGAAUCGAGUCUCCAGCUCCACGGGAUCACCCUCACCCCCGACCUCCUCUUCCAAACCCUCCUCCGCCUCAAGCACCACACCAAGGUAGCCCUCUCGCUCUUCCACUACGCCAAAACCCUCCCCAAUCCCCCUCUCACGCACGCCUCCUACACGCUCCUCAUCGACGCCUUGGCUAAGGUUCGCCAAUUCGACGUCGCAUGGCAACUCAUCGUCGAAAUGGCCCAGUGCAAUCUCGCUCCAACCUCCGCCACCUUCUUAACCCUAAUUCGCCGUCUCGUCGCCGCCGGCCUCACGCGCCAGGCCGUACGCGCCUUCCACGACAUCGACGCGUUUACCCAAACGACUCCGGACGACUUCUGCUUCCUGCUCGACACGCUCUGUAAGUACGGCCACGUCAGACUCGCUGUCGAGGUUUUCAACAGAAACAAAAUCAGUUUCCCUCCCAACGUGAAAAUGUACACCGUUUUGAUCUACGGGUGGUGCAAGCUGGGGAAGGUUAAAAUGGCGCAAACGUUUCUGAACGAAAUGAUUGAACGAGGCAUUGAGCCUAAUGUUGUUACUUAUAACGUUUUAUUGAAUGGGGUUUGUAGGAAGGUGAGUUUGCACCCUGAGGAGAGGUUUGAGAGGACUAUAAGGAAUGCAGAGGAGGUGUUUGAUCAAAUGCGUAAGAACAUAAUUGAACCCGAUGUGACUAGCUUUUCGAUUUUGCUUCAUGUUUAUAGCCGCGCGCAUAAGCCAGAGCUGGUGCUUGAUAAGCUGAGGUUGAUGAAGGAGAAAGGGAUAUUUCCCAAUGUGGUGAUGUAUACCUCGGUUAUUAAGUGUCUUGCUUCGUGUGGGAGGCUUGAGGAUGCAGAGAGGUUGCUUGAGGAGAUGGUGAAGGAUGGAGUGAGUCCGUGUGCCGCUACCUAUAAUUGCUUCUUUAAGGAAUAUAGAGGGAGGAAGGAUGCUGAAAGUGCUUUGAGGAUGUUUAAGCGGAUGAAGGAGGAUGGGUUGUGCUCUCCGAGCUCGCAUACCUAUGUGAUUUUGAUUAGGAUGUUUUUGAGGUUGGACAUGGUCAGAGUUGUGAAGGAAAUAUGGAAUGAUAUGAAGGUGACUGGGGCGGGGCCGGAUUUGGAUUUGUAUACGGUUUUGAUACAUGGGUUGUGUGAGAGGCAGUGCUGGAGGGAGGCUUGCCAUUAUUUUGUUGAGAUGAUAGAGAAUGGGUUUCUUCCUCUGAAAGGUACCUUUGAGACCCUGUACAGGGGGCUUAUUCAGGCUGAUAUGUUGAGAACUUGGAGGAGAUUGAAGAAGAAGCUUGAUGAAGAAUCGAUAACUUUUGGUUCAGAGUUUCAGAGUUAUCAAUUGAAACCGUACAGGAGAUAA